AUGGUUGAAACCAAUUUCUAUGAAUUCUAUGAUGACUAAAUAGAAAAAAAAAUGAAUCAGAGAGAAUCUAUAAUCUCAGUUUUUCUUUAUUAGAAUAUAAAGGAUUAAUAUUAAUUAAGAGGAGGUGGUUGUGGAAGUGCUAAAAUAUCUAAUUAAGAAUCUGCAAAAGUACCUAUCAAUUUUGCAAAUCUACUCAAAAGAUAUGCUAUUACUAUAGAAGAGAAAGCCUUAACAUUUUAAGAUAAAUUUUAAAGAGAAGAUGUACUCAUUGCUUUUUUGUGGUUUCAAAAUAAUCGAAUCAAUUUUUAAUCUCUCUGUUAAGAUGAAAAGCUUUGUUAACAAUAUUUAGAAUUACUUCUUUUUAUUAUUGAAAAAAUAUUGAAAUCUUCAAUUCAAUAUUUAAAAGUUUCAGGAUUUCUUUUUCAUUAGCUUCUUUAAAUUUGUAAUGACUCAUUAAGAGUACUUUUUUCUUCAUAAUAAAAGAAUAAUGAUAGAUAUCUUGAUCAAAAUAAAAAAACAUUGUUUUUAGGUUUUAUUGCUGAAAUUGAAACAUAAAUUGAUAUAGAAUCAUAAAAUAUUUGGAUGAAUGGUAUUAAAUUUGAACUAUAAAUGAUGAAAACUUGUUUAUCUCAUUGUAGAACAAAUUCUGAAAAAGGAAAAGAAUUAUUCUUAGGUUUAUUAAAUGGUAUUGUUUCAUCAAUUACUUCUUUAUAACCAAGUGAAGAAUUAAUUCAAUCACUUAUUGAAGGAGCUAAAUUUCUAUUAUAAAACUUUUAUGAUUAACAAAUCUAGCAUCCUCUUAAAAAAUAUGAAGUUUAUUAUUUUUUUGAAAACUUAAAAUGGUAGAUAAUUAAAUAAGUAUAAUUAGGAUUUUCAGUAUAAAAUAUUAUUAAUUAACUUGAAGAUGGUUAUAUUAAAUAUAUUAAGAAAUCAAAAGAAUGGAUGAUUCAUUAUUGUUGGAUAUCUAUGAUUUCAGAUUUAAUUAGAUAUCGACCUAUUAUUCAUAAAGAUGAUAUUUAAAAACGUUCUUUUAAUUAAAAAACAAAAUAACAUAUGUGGAAUCAAUUAAUUCAAGACAAAAUCAUUGAAAUAUUACCCUAUGAUAAGAAUUUGGCUAGAGUAAGAAUCUUUAUAGGUGAAUCCAGUCAUUUAAAUUUAUUUUCUGAAAUUAAACUUCUAUAAGAAUAUUUAUUAAAUGAAAACUCUUUCAAAAUGAAACUAUUACCUUAAUAUAUAAACUUUGAAUUUGAUAACGAUGAAAAUUAAAAAGCUGAUUAUUAUGAUGAAAUAAUAUAAAUGUUAUUCAAUAAUUAGGAAUCAGAAGUAAUUAAUAAACUUAUUUAUUUACUUGAUCUUACAAAUUAAAAGUUAAAGCUCUCAAUCAUUUAAAUCUUUCAAAAAAUUAAAAAAUUUUAUUCUCAAGAAAAAUCUUCAGAUAUUAUCAUAAGAAUAUUGAUUUAAGACACUUCUUUGUUAAUUAAAAGUUCUAAGAAAUUAAUUAUGAAAAUUUAUUAUAUCUUUUUAGAAUUAGAAGUUUAAUUUUUUAAAUGCAGAGAAAAAAAUUAAGAACUAAUUAAAUUUCUCUAGUUUAAUUAAAUAACAAUAGCAGAUGAAUUUACAAAAAACCUUUAAAUUUAUAUAGAUGAAGAUAAAAAAGCAGAACAUUAAUUUUAUCAGAAUUUUUUAUAAAUUUUAAAAGUUUCUUUAGAUUUUCUUGAUUAUUUGAUUUUUUGUAAAACAAAAUUAUCAUAAGCUCAUAAUAUUUAAAUUAGUAAAGUAGAAAUAGAAAAAAAAUAAAGUUAAAUAAAUUUUUUAAAUUUAGAGACUUAUAUUACUAAUUAAUGUAAGUUAGCUUAAACUAUAAACUAAUCUAUACAAAUAUUUAAAUUAAAGAUUUAAAAACACUUGCAAGCUAAGGAGGCUAAUUUUAUUUUGAAUUAAAAUAUGAAUUUAGAUUAAUUUAAACAUAUCUUUUUUUCAAUUUACAAUCCAAAUGUAUUCAGAAAAAUUCUUGAAGAAUUUAAUAUCUUAUUUUUAUAAGUUUAAAGAAAUCUCAGAAAUGAUUUAGAUUCAUAAAUAUAGAAUACUAAAACAAUUUUAUUUUUAAUUUUGAUAAAGAAAUUUUAAAGAAGAUUAAUUUCGAUUUAAAAAUUAAAAUUUUAUCAAUUAAAUGAACAAUUAUAAAAUGAAAUCGAAGAAUUAUAAAAUUCUUAAAAAAAAGAAUCAAAUACUGACAAUGUAAAAAAAGAAAUUUCAGAAAAUGUUUAUAAUUAAAUUUUUUUACAAUAAAAAAUGCUCUCAGAAUUAUUUACAAAUAUCCUUAAUUAAACGUUUGAAUAAAUUUAAAAAUAAAAAUUAAUAUAAAAAUUGAAUGAAGAUAUAUAAUUUUUUUAAAGUAAGUAUCCUCAUAAUCCUGAAUCCAAAUAAUUUAUUUUAUUAUGUGAAACUGUAAAGUUAAAAUUAACAUAUUUUUAAUAAAGUAAUUUAUAGGAGGAAACUCAAAAUAAAAUUUUAGAAUGCUACAAUUCCUUCUUAAAUAAAAUAAAAGAUUCAGCUCAAACGGAAAGUACAAUAAGCAAUUCAAGUGUUUAAUAAGAAGAAAAUAUUAAGUAAAUAUUAAAUAUUAAAUAACUUAAUUUGUCUAAAUUAAUUGUUUAUUUCAAAGAUUAAAUAAAUGAAAUUGAUUAAAAAAUGGCAUUACUUAAGUAAAUAUUUAAUCUAAUUGUCAAAUUUUCGAAUAAUGCAAUUGAAAAUCAAAAUUAAUAAGAAUAAGAUUAUAUAUAGCUUAUAAAAACAUAAGAAAUAGAUACUAUUAUAGAGUUAUUUACAAACUUAAAUAUAAAAAAGGAAUUGGACAUUAAAGAAUUGUUAGAGUUCAAUAAUAUUGUUUUAGAUGAAGAUAUUUCAAAUAAUUCAAUAAAAAAUUAAAAGCCAGCAAAAAUUUCUGAACUAUUAACUAUUGAACCAUUUUCAGUCUAUUUAUUUUUAUUCGAUAUAAAUCUCAAUAUAACUUCAUUAUUUGAGAAGAAUUAAGAAAUGUAAGUAGAUGUUGAUUAAACUUUUUAAGAUCUUAUAAUAGAGCUUAAUUAGGAUGAAACAUAAAAUUAGUAAUAAUCAGUAUUCAAUACUCUCAAUGUAAGAGAUAAUAUUUCACAAAAUUUUAUCAAAUAAUCUUACAAAGUACGUGAAUGCCUUGUUUAUAAUCUUAUUGUAAUUUAAAAUUAUGUUUAAGAAAACUAAAUAUAUUUAAAGACAUAAUAACUUAUUAAGUAAGUAUGGAUAUAAGAAAAAGAUUCAAAUGUCAGAAGUAUAUUAAAAAAUUAAGAAUUGCUAGAGAUGUAAAAAUAAUUAUUUUCAAAAGAUUUAAAAUCAUUUGCUUUUUUAAUUUAAAAAGAUUUUGAGAAAUCAAGAAAAAAGAUUGAGGAACUGGAAGAAGUUCUUUUAACUGAAGAUAAUAAGGGGGAAAUUUAGAGUCAAAUUUAAUAGGCUUAUUAAGAUUUUGAAAAUAAGUUAGAAAAUAUAAUUGAUAUGUCUUAAAAAUUAGAUAUUAGUUUGAUAUUUCUUAAAGAUAUUAGUAAAGAUUUAAAAAAUCUUAAAGCUAAAAUGGAUAAAUUAUUAUCUUAAGUAAAUUCAAUUGAAAGUGAUAUUAGAAUUUUAAGAGGAAAGCACUUUUCAGAAUUAUUACGAAUUAGAAAAUAAAAAGUAUUAAGAACAAAAAUAGAAAAUUAAAUAGAUUAAAUUCACAUUGAAUUGGAAACAUAGGAAUAUGAUCCAACAAGUGGAAAAAAAAGAGAGGAAAAAUCAAUGUUAUUUUAAAAAAAAUUUGAUGAUUUUUCAGGAGAAAUAAAUGAAUUUUUAUGGGAGAUGAAAGAGAGAAAAAAGGAUAUAAUGUUAAUAAAAGGAAAAGCUGGUUCUGGAAAAAGCAGAGCUGCAAAAAAUGUUGAAGAAUAUAUUUGGAUGAAUGAUUAAUAAGAACCAAAUUGGAUACCAAUUUAUAUUUCUUUACCAUAAAUAAAAUAUCCUUAACAUAAUUUAAUUGAUUAAGGUUUAGAAACAGAAAAUUACAAAUUUGAUAAAAUUUAAAUAAGAGAAUUUAAAGAAGCAAUAAUCAAAGGAAUUUUAAAAGUGAUUUUUAUUUUAGAUAGUUAUGACGAAAUGAAAUCAGAAUUAAUAGAAUCAAAUUUAUAUUUAACAAAUAGAUUCUUUUAAGAAUAUGAAUUACUUAUGACGGGAACAAAAAUGAAAUUUAUUAUAACAACUAGAGAAGAAAUAUUAUCUUCUAUAGGAUAUCAAACUUGGUUUUAUGGAAGUAAAUUAGAAAACUUAAAGGAAGUAGAGUUACUUCCAUUUAACAAAAAUUAAACUAAUGAAUAUAUUAAAUAAUAUAUAACACUUAGUGUAAAAAGAACUGUAAAAGGAUAUUAUGAAUACUAUAAUUAAAUUUAAGGAAAAAACUUUUCAUAUUCUGAAUAUUAAUCUAUAUGGUCUUAAUUAGAACCAAUUUUUAAUAAAUUGAGAGAUUUAGAAUUGAACUAAAAUUCGCGAUUAUAAAUAUUUUCAGAGGCAACUGUUUAAAUUUUUAUAUCUGCAAUAAAAAAAGAUAAUUGUUUAAAGAACUUAAAUAAUAAAUAGCUUUUAUCAAUGUAAAAGGAAUUGCUUUCACUAUGGGGAGAAGAAUAAUUCUAAAGAACAAUAAAUAAUGCAUAGAUAAGGCUAUUAUUGACAACACCAUUUAUGAAUGAGAUAAUGGUUCAAAUAAUACCUAAAAUGGCCUAAUAAUAUUCUUCUGCUGAAGUAAUAAAAAAUACUCUAAUGAAAAAUUAUAAGAAAUUGAAGUUAUAUUAAAUUGAGUCUAAUGAAAUUAGAGAUCUUUAGGAAAUUUAGGUUACAAGUUUUGAAGCUUAUUAAAAAAAUAUAUAACAAUAAUAAUUGAAAAAUGAAUAUAGAAUGAAAAAGAAUUAACUUGAUUCAGAUUUGAAGAAUAUAGUAAGGAAAUUAGAUGACAAUAAUUUUUUUGAGAGUUUUUCAAUAUCUAAUAUAAUAGAUUUCUUAGAUAAAGAUACUUUAAUAUCUAAUUAAGAAGUGAUUACUUUGCCAAAUGAAGCUGAAUUAAUUUCUUAAGCAUUAAAUUAUAAUCAACUCACACCUUAUGAUUUCUAUUGUAUGUUUAUAAACUACUAUCAUAAUUAGCAAUUAUUAAAGUGGAGAGAUUAAGGUUAAAUAAGAAAUCUUGAAAGUAUGAUGAUAGAUAUACAAGAUUUUUCAACCUACUUGGCAUUAGAUAUGUCUUUAAGAGAAAUAAGUUCGAUUAAUUAUAAAUAAAAGGGAAAACUUGAUCUUUAACAUACAAAAGAUGAUGGUAAAUAAUAUGGAUCAUGGGAAGAUUGUUAUUUUAAUGAACAUCUUUCAGAUUCUGAAUAUAAAUAAUUUAUUAGAAAAUGUAGCUUAAUUUAAAGUAAAGGAAGUAAUCACUCUUUUAAUCAUAAAUCUAUUUAAGAGUUUUUUGUUGCUUAAUAUAUUUUGCAACUAUUUGAAAGUAUACAAUUGUAAAAAACAGAUAAUUAAAGUUUGUCUGUAUCAAAUACAGAUUUAAAAAAAAUUGAGAAAAGUUUUUACAAUAAGGAUUAAUUCAACAUUUCUUAAGAUCAUUAUUAAGGAGCAAUAACUCUUUUGAAAGAAAAGCUUAAACAUAUAGAAAAUAUUAAACAAAAAUUAAUCUAUUAUGUAUAAUUGUCAAAAUAAACUACUUAAUAUGUAUUUAACAGAGCUGCUUCCAAUUCAAUGUAGCUUUUAAAUAUUUUAGAUGAAUAUCUUGGAGAUUAAAAUUUUAAUUCAAUAGGUUUAUCUGAUAUUAAAUUAAAUGGAUUAAGUUUUAGUGGUAGUGAUUUAUCAAAAACACAUUUUGAAAAUGUUUAAAUAGAUGCUUGUAAUUUUAAUAAUUGCAAAAUGAUUGAAGUUUAAUGGAAUAAUAUUAUUUGUAAAGAAUAACCUUUUAUAAAAGCUCAUGAUAAUUAAAUAAUUUUUUUUUAUUUAAAUAAUGAUGAAACUAAAAUUGUUACAAUUAGUGAGGGUAUACUCAAAAUAUGGAAUUAUGAUGAUGAUUAAAAUCAAUUGAAAAUUUUAAAUGAAGCAAAACAUAAUUUUAAGUAAGUUUUCUCAAUUUACCUAUUCUCAAAAUUUAAUUAAAUAAUAUUUCACUAUGAAAUAAAUAAACCAAAUAAAAAGUAUUUUUCUUUAUAAUCCACUAUUAAAAAUUCUAAUGAAUAAUUUCAAAUUAUUAUUAGCUAUUUAUGUGAUAGAUAUUCAAUUAGUAAUGAAGAAUAAACAAUAGCAUUUAUAAUUAAUGGAGAAUUGCAAUUAUUUAAACUAGAUGAUUUACAAAAUGCUUUAAAAUAUCCAAAUAAUACUAUUGAAGAAUAAAACAUAAAUUCAAUAGCUAUAUCUUUUGAUUAAAAUAUUUUAAUAUCUGGACAUCUUAAUGGAUAGAUUACAAUUUGGGAUAUAUCUGAUCUAUAAAACAUUAAAAAGAUAAUUAAUACAAAUGAAAACUAAAAUAAUGAUGCUACAAUAGUUGAGCUUUCAGAAAAAAGUCACUUAUUAGCAACAUCUUCAAAUUAAGCUGUUAAAAUAUGGCAUAUUGAUUAAUCAUUAAAUAUUAAACAAAAAUUAUGGAUAGAGUAAUUUGAUUAACCAUUAUAAAUGGUUUUUUCUAUUUCUGGUGAUGUUUUCACUUUAAGAAUGAAAAAUUAUAUCACUAUUUACAAUAAGUAAUAUCCAUUAAAAUAAGACAAAAAUAAAAAAAUAAUAAAAAUUCCAUAAGAAUAAAUUGAUUGUGCUGCCAUAUCUCCUAAUAGUAAAAUGAUGGCAACAUUUAGUUUAAAUUUUUUAUCAAUAUGGAAUAUUGAAUCUUUUGAUAAUAUUUUUAAAAUAAAAGAAUUUGAAUUUUAAAAUAGAUAGAUUCUUUUUGUUUUAUCUUUUUCACCUGAUGGCAAUUAUUUAGCAGCAAAUGGUGAUAAUAAAAUAUUUAUAUGGAAUACAAAAGAUUUUAAUCUAAUAAGAGAAACAAAUUUAAUUUAAAAUGCUUAAAAAGAAUACUUUUAAGGUAUUAUAUUUUCAUCUGAUUCAAAAUUUUUGAUAUUUUACUAUGAUAAUUAUUUAAUGUAUUUAGAAAUUUCUAAAAAAGGAUAGAGAUUAUUUUAAUUAGGUAUUACAUUAAAUAAUGUAUGCAUGACCAAAAAUGAUGAAUUAACAUUUUGUUGUACUAAUUAAAAAAUUGAAAUAUGGAAUUUUCAUACUUUUAGUAUUAUGAAAGUUUUGGUCUUUUAAAAUAUAUAAGAAAAUGAUGUUUUAAUUACUUUUAGUUUAUCUGAUGACGAUCAAGAAAUGAUUUGUAUUUUUUAAUCAUCAAAUUAAAUAAGAUUCGAAAUUUAUUAAUUAAAUGGUUCUCUUGAACAUACUCUGAAAAAAAGUUAAAGUUUGAUGAUUGAAAAAACAAUACAAAAUCUAUUAAUUACUCAUAUCGAAGGAGGAAUCUUUGUAGAUUAUUUAAAUUAUAUAUUAGAUAGUGUUUUUAUGCCUUUUGAGAUAAAGAUAACAAUAGCAGGAUAAGCUGCAUUUUAAAUUACUAAAAAUAAAGAGUUUUGUUUAAUUCAAAAUAAUAAAAGUUGUUUAAUUAAAGUUUUUGAAUAAAAUAAAUGUAUAUUAUUUUAUGAAUCUGAAGACUUAGCUAUAUCUAAGAAUGAAGAUUUAUUAGCUGUAGCUACUGAUUAGGCAUUAUUAAUAAAUCUUUAAACUCAAAAAAUAGUAUAUUCAAACCAAUAAAAAGAUUUUAAAUGUAUUUGUAUAUGUUUUUCAUAAAACAAUGAACUUUUAGGAAUGGGUUUUUCAUCUCAAAAAAUUUUAAUAUAUUAAAUUGAUGAUAUUGAUAGAAUUGUAGAAAAAUAUACUAUUCUUUGCAAUUCUGAUCCAAUCUGUAUAAGGUUUUCAACUGAUUCAAAUUAUCUUUUUGUCAACUAAGUUAAUAAUAUUAAUUAUUUUGACCUUAAAAAUGAAUAAAAUUUUAAAGUUUUAUUGACAAAUUAAUCUCAAGCUUUUGGUAAGUAAUUCGUAUUAGAAAAAUAAUAAAAAAAUCUUUUUUGCAUUUAAGAUAAUAAGAUUUGUCUUUUAGAAGUUGAAAAAGAUUCAAAGAUAUCAUGGAUUGAACGUUUAAAGUAAAGAGAUAUUAUUUGUUGUCAUUUUUCAGCUGUCUAACCGAAAAUAUUAAUAAUAGGUAGUUUUUAUUAACAAUAAAUUAUACUUUAAAAAUUUGACAUAGAAAGUAAAAUAUUAGUUGAAAAUAUUGAAAUUGAUAUUGAAUAUAAUUGUUACGGUGAUAUUCUGUUUAAUAGGGAAGAGACUUAGAUAAUUAUUUCUUAAGGAUAAAUACUAAGAUUAUAAGAUAUUAAAGAUAAAAAUAAAUAUCUUUUUUCAGAUAAAAAUAAUUCAAAUAUAAAAAGUUUUAAAUUUUCGACAGAAUGUUAACUUAUCAUUUCAAAAGAUGCCAACUAAAAUUUACAAUUGUGGGACAUAAAAACUUUCAAAUUAUUAGCAGUAUUAAAUAAUUAUCCAUUUGUAAUUUCAAAUUUUGCUAUAACAUAAAAAGGGACUUUGAUCUAUUCAUUUGAUCAAAUGAUUAAGAUCUGGAAUAUUUAAGAUUUAAAACAAUAGUAUUCAACAGGAAAUGGUCAUAAAGGAGAAAUUAAAUAUUUAAGAGUAUCAAAUGAUGGAAAGGUUUUAUUAUCAUAUUCAAAAUCUAAAGAUUUAUUCAAAUGGAAUUUAAAUAGUCUUAAGGAAAUAGAGAAUAAAUCUAUAGAAUUAAUUGAUAGUCCAUGUUUUUCACAUGAUGAUAAUUACACAUUAUUAAGGCUUGAUAAUAAAGAUUGUUUGAUAGAAAAGAAUAAUAUUUUUAAUAGUAAAUCUUUUAAAUACCGUAUAGGAUUUACUUAAUGUAUCAAUCUCUAAUUAUAUCUUCCUUCAAAUAUUUUAUAUAGUAGUCAUAAAGAUAAAUCUCUUAUAGUUUGGAACUUUGAUGUAUUAUAUAAUUAUAAACCAAAAGAUAAAGAAUAAUUAAAAUGUAAAAAAUCUAAAAUUAUCAUCUCACCAGAUUGUAAAUACUUAGUAAAUAUGGAUGAAGGAUUAUUUAAUAUAAAUGAUAAUAAAUUGACUAAAUUUUAAUUUGAUGAUAUUAUUUAAAGUCAUUGUAUGGUGUUCUCAAAAGAUUCUAAUUAUUUAGCAAUAGAAACUGUUGAUAAUAAAAUAUAAAUUUUAUCAUUAAAAACAAAAACUAAAACAGUUAUUUAAAUGUAAGAAAGAAUUAGAAGUGAUGCCAUGAUAUUUUCAAGUGAUAAUGAAUAUUUUUUUUCUUUUUCAUCAAAUUUCAUUCAAAUUUGGAAUUGGAAAAAUGAACAACAACCAUCUUAGGUUUUCCCAUUAGAAAAAUAAUUUACUGAAGAAUAAGUACUUUUAGGAGUUGUAGAAAAUUAAAAGAAUGAGAUUAGUCUUAUAUUUUUUUUUCCGAAACUAAACUCUUUAUAAAUUUCAAUUAUUUAAAGUCAACCUUAUUUUGCUUAAGUAAAAUCAUUCAAAAGAUAGAUUAAUAAAAAAGUAGGAAAUUUAUUAGAUCAUGUACAAUUAGAGUACUGUAUGCAAACUAAUAUUUUGGCUAUUUAAAACUUAUAAAACAUUUUAUUAAUAAACUUUUAAAAUGAUAUAGACUACCCUUUAUUAGAAGGAUCAAAUGUAGAAUCUUAAUAUACCUCAUAAUUAUCUUUCACCUCUGAUGGUAAAUUUCUUGCUUCAAUAGCUUUGGAUGAUACUAUAAGAUGUUGGGAUUUAUCAAAUCAAAAGCAAUUUAAACUUUUUGUAUUUUCUAAAUAAUAUUAGUAAUUAAUUGCAUUAAAAUUUAUUAAUAAUCAAUAGAUAAUUAUGGUAACUAAUCUUUUAAAUAUAAUAAUAAUUAAUAUUCAAGAAUUUAAAGAAAUGGCUAAAAUAUCAUUAAAAAAAUAUUAUAUAGAAGAGUUUUUUUUUAAUAAAAAUAAAAUAUUAUAUGGGCUUACAAAAUAUACUUAAAAAGAUUUAUUAUUACUUUUAAAAAUUGAUUCAGAUGAAAUUAUUCAUCAGUUUAAGUAUAAUAUUGAUUAUCUUGAAUUUAUUGAUGAACAUUAAUUCUUGUAUCUUGAAAAAGGUUAAAUUAUACUUGUUGAAAUUGGCAAAUUAUAGAAUUCUUAAAGUUAAUUUUUAAUUCAAGAAGGUGUAAAACGUUUUUUCGUUUCGAAUGAUAAAUAAUUAAUUGCUACAACUAAUUCAAAAUAAUUAAGUUUAUGGAAUAUAAAAACCAAAGAAGAAAAGUUAAAUAUGGAUAAAUUUGAUUGUGAGAUUAUGGAAAUAUGUAUAACUAAUUGUAAAGAUAAAUUGAUAUUAGGAAUGAACGAUGGUUCUAUUUAAGUUUAUAAUAUACAUGAAUAAUUGUUAAAUUAGUAAAUUAACCCAGUGUGCAUUAAAGUAUUUUCUAAAGGUCCACCUCUUAUGGCUUUAAAUUCUUAGAUCACAGGAUGUUCAAUUAAAACUAAAGAUAAAGAUUUGGAGUAAUUUUUUUUAUAAAAAGGAGCUAUUAAAAAAUGA